AUGAGGUUGUUGUGUGUCGUGUUGUUAGUUCAUUGCACAAUAUUCGUGCAUGGCGCCAAGACACCGAAAAAGUAUAACAUAACGAAGCCAUCAGCGAAAUACGACAAUCCCAACUUUAUACGGGACCGCUUUAGAGACGAAAUCAGGAAGCCCUUCUUCAACGAGACCUGGCAGAACCGUUUCAAGAGGCCCUUCCACCCUUCGUGGAUGGACUACUGCGACCCCUACCACUGCAACGCUUACAACAGGAUCGCGUGCGGUCUUAACAGGAAGAAAAUGCACUUCAAAUGGUUCAGGAGCGGCUGCCACAUCAUCCUGAACAACAUGUGCUCUAGCUAUCGCGGCAACCUGAAAUAUGACAUGGUGGACCAAAAGUUUUGCGUCCGCUACGUGCUGUUCCUGAGGUCUGGAUGCCCGGUGACCUGUGCUGGCGAAGAGUUGGAGCCCGUGUGCGGGGUCAGCGGCGUGGACAACCACGUGGUGCUGUUCAGGAACAGAUGCGCCCUGGACUCCGCCAACUGCCGCCGGGGGAUCUUGCAGGAAUACGAAGAAGUCCAUAUGGACGUGUGCGGCUAUUAUCUU